AUGGCAAAUUCGCAUAGUCGUGACGGGGUAUUCAACCCCACGUCCCCUCAUUCCUCGAGCGGCGUAGCAGACUCAUUUAAGGGCACUCCUGAUACUCGCCUCACGGCCUUCUCGCCCGAGGAUGGAUCUACCAGAUCUCUCAGGGCACCUCAGUCCAUCGGAGGCGUUGUUCGAGAAUCAGGUCCAAUCAGGUUCAACUUUGGAACGCCCGACUCAUUGAAUCUGCCACGUCGUGAACCCUUGUACCCUCGCGAUGCUAACGUUCCUGGAGAUCCGUUUGUGAUUUUGAGCGGUUCUGGCAUCAAGGCUGGCCAGAAGCUCUCGCCCACCGCUUCGUGCUUCGCCCCUUCGUCGACUAUUUUGUAUCCGCAAGGCAGCGAGCCAGAGAUGAAAUAUCUCGGUACACAAGGCGACGUCUUAGUUGUAGACAGGUCAACAGAGCCUGCAGCAGAGAAGCGAACUAUCGAACUCUUUGCUCAUGCGGAGCUAAGCACUGAUCUCGGUAUUUCUCGGUGCCUCAUGGUCGCACCCACAUCGCAAGGUGGCCAUGUUCAACUGUCUGAUGUUGAACAAUAUGUCUUAACGCUAGGCCAUCAUAACUUCCACUUCAAAGGUAGCAAACAAUUCCAGGCUCAUGGCAACAAAGUUUACGUCCGUUUUAUAAACAUCCGAGACGCAUGCUUGUUUAUUGAGAAUGUCCAACUCGGUAACCGAAACUGGGUCAUCAAUUAUAUUCACCCACGAGAAUUCUCACAAGUCGUCGAUCCCACUUCGGGCUUGAUUACAGCGCAUGAGGGCCAACUAGCCAUGGCAAUCUUCGCCCCGCCUUCUCUGCAGCACCUUGACCGAGUCCAGCUCGUCACAUAUUUGCAAGAGCUGCUUGUGGAGCAGGGUGAUCUCUUUGCUUUCAAAGAAAAUACUGAGGGUGUCGAAGGCAGUGUCUUGUCCGCAGUUGUUGAGUACUGUGACAAUGAUGUCUCGCUGCGGGCCGUGGCGGAGCUGCAAGGUAAAGUAGUCGAUGGACUCCAGAUUUGCAUGACCUUGCAUCGUCCAGAUAUUCCCACUAUGGCGUCUCUGUCACACGAACGACUCACCAGCCCUAUGCGAACCCCGACCAGCUCAGUGGAUAUUGUCGGCGAUUUCCAGCGCAUGUCUAUUGCAAAUCGAGCUCCCUCUUCAAUUUCGUCUGUGGCUACUGGUUUUGUUAAUACACCAACACGUUCGACUACUGCAUCAGAAUACUCGAUGCCGCAUCCAUAUGGUAUGAUGCCUCUUGUGUAUCACGGGAUGCCUCUCAGUCCGCCUUACAUAAUUGAUCCUGUUUCACCUCGUGUCCCCAACAUGUUCCCUGCUGGAAACUAUUCUUGGGUUGGAUCCAUGUAUUCUCAGCAACCUACAAUGAUAAGUUCCGACUUUAUGACCCCUCGUCAAUUCAACUAUCCACGAGGAGACAGCCGCCGUUCUAAUGCAAUCCGUGUGCAACGAUCGCCUUAUCAGCACCACAAUGUCAGCGGGCAGCACAACCAUGUCGAUGUCGAUAGAAUCCGCGAAGGUAUCGAUGUCCGUACUACAAUCAUGCUUCGCAACAUACCGAACAAGGUUGAUCAAGCCAUGCUAAAGAGGAUUGUGGACGAGUCUAGCUGGGGAAAAUAUGACUUUAUGUACCUCAGAAUAGAUUUUGCAAACGACUGCAAUGUCGGAUACGCGUUCAUCAACUUUGUUGACCCCCUGGACAUUAUCGAUUUCGUCAACAAGCGAGGCAACCAGCGAUGGAACUGCUUCAAGAGCGACAAAGUGGCCGAGAUUUCAUAUGCUACCAUUCAAGGAAAGGACUGCUUGGUCCAGAAGUUUAGGAACAGCUCCGUUAUGCUGGAGGCUCCGCAUUAUCGCCCGAAGCUUUACUAUACUAUCAACGGACCAAGACCCGAGGUCGCUGGCCACGAGGAGGAAUUUCCUGUGCCCGAUAAUCAAUCAAAGAUGAAGCGAAGCUGCGAGAACGCGGAACACGUUGGCCUUUUUACACCUAAUGCUGGUCAACACUACCGAGAUGAGCAACGACGCCGCCGUUCCCAGUUCGAUCGAGGCACGCGCCUCGCGGCCAUGGAAGAGUUCGACUACCCAACCUUCCAUACGCAACAUUCUUAUUCUCCUCAGUAG